CACAGUAAACAUAGGUCCCCUUUCCCUCCUCCCCUCGCGGCCUCCUCACAUCUCGUUUCCUGUCCCGUGCAAUCUAUGCCUGAAAUCGAAUGGAGUCGCCGUCAACUUCUUCGCCGCUUCCGGAGUCUGUGCCGCCCCGCGAUGUCAUCCACGUCUUCUGGCACGAGGGGAUGCUCGACCACGACACUGGCUCUGGCGUCUUCGACACAGGAUUCGAUCCAGGGUUCCUCGAGGUCCUUGAUAAGCACCCGGAGAACGCCGACCGGGUGAGGAACAUGGUCUCGAUCCUCCGCAAGGGCCCCCUCGCCCCCUUUAUCUCAUGGCACUCCGGUCGCCUUGCCCAUCACUCGGAACUUCACUCCUUUCACACGCCUGAGUACAUUGAAGAACUGGUGCAAGCUAAUGUAGCUGGCCAUAAAGAACUCUGUUUGGGCACAUUCAUGAAUCCUGGUUCGUGGGGUGCUGCUCUGUUGGCUGCUGGAACCACAUUAUCGGCGAUGAAGCAAAUAUUAGAUGGAAACGCAAACCUCACUUAUGCCCUAGUGCGCCCUCCAGGUCACCAUGCACAGCCUAGUAGAGCAGAUGGUUACUGCUUCUUAAACAAUGCUGGGCUUGCAGUACAACUUGCUCUAGAUUCCGGCUGCAGAAAAAUUGCUGUAAUUGAUAUUGACGUGCAUUAUGGGAAUGGUACGGCAGAAGGUUUCUAUCACUCAGGCAAUGUCCUUACAAUCUCCCUUCACAUGAAUCAUGCUUCUUGGGGACCAUCACAUCCACAGGAUGGUUCUAUCCAUGAGCUAGGUGAAGGAAGUGGGUUUGGCUAUAAUCUGAACAUACCAUUGCCCAAUGGGACAGGUGAUGAGGGCUAUGGUUAUGCAAUGACUGAACUGGUUGUUCCAGCUAUUCAAAAAUUUGAACCCAAUCUUAUUGUUCUGGUUGUGGGGCAAGAUUCUAGUGCGUUUGAUCCAAAUGGAAGGCAAUGCCUGACAAUGGCUGGUUAUAGGAAGAUUGGUGAAGUAGUACGCAUGUUGUCCGAAAGGCAUUCAAGGGGGCGCAUAUUAAUUGUCCAAGAAGGAGGUUACCAUGUCACAUACUCAGCAUACUGUCUCCAUGCGACUUUAGAAGGUGUACUCGGCGUUCAAACCCCUCUACUUUCUGAUCCAAUUGCAUAUUACCCUGAAGACAAGGCUUUCACUUUUAAGGUUGUGGAUGCGAUCAAGCGAUACUGGAAAGAAUGUAUCCCUUUCCUGAAUCAAUUCUAGCAUCGCUUUCAUGAACCGAUUCUAGCAAGGUAAUUAAUUUGGCAUUGAGCCUACCAAACUUGUGUGUUUCCUGUGAAGGACUGCUAACAGUUAUGCUCUUAGUUAGUUUGUCAACCUUAAGCAUUUCGUAUGUGCUCUUAGUUCUCAGCUAUCGAUUUCCAUAUUUGAAGAAUUUUCUA